UCAACCACACAUGGCGAGGAUGGUCUAGACGCUAUAAAGAACCCACUGGUUUUAGGGAUUCUGGCAUUCCUUUGCUUACACCAGCCAAGGCGAAACCAUGAUGAAUCGAGUUCUCAUUUUCAGCGUGUUGAUGGCCGCUCUCUGCGCCUUGGCCAGCGCCGGGUGCCCCGAGGGGUACACCCAACGCGACUGGCCCGACCAGCACGGGAACUGCUACAAACUUUUCAAAAACGCGGCACUGUGGUUCCAUGCCGACCACUUCUGUCGAGCAGACGGGGGCUGGCUGGCCACCAUCAGAGACGAGGGAGACAGUGCGUUUGUCAACAGUUUUUUCAUCUCAAACAGAGGUUACUCGUGUCACGAUUGGUACUGGGUUGGGGGUACUGACGCACUUAAUGAAGGCACUUGGCGAUGGCAGCAAGAUGGUAGCGUGGCCAACUACGUCAACUGGGGCGCCGGCGAACCCAACAACUACGGGCCGGGAGACGAAGAUGGGUUGAUAGUGAACAGCGCCACCAGACAGUGGAACGACGAUAGAAUUUUUGGAACAGGUGCUCCGGCAGUCUGCUUCGUGUGCGAGAUGUACCCGACGGAGAGGCAGUGUAGUAUUGUGUCUUAGAAUUAAAAUGCAUUCACCUUGACAAAGAAGUAAUGAUAAUAAAAAAAAUCAGAGUUCGAAAAUGUAUAAUGAUCAAUAAUAAUUGAUAUUAGUUUUCAGAAUCUAAGCCUAUCAUUAUGAAUACCCUAAUGACAAGGAUUGUAGAGUUCACACAUCUUUCUUAGUUUCCUACAAACUUUAGAACACCAUUUUCACUGUGAAGCGUGUUGGAUAUACUCUCUUUUUGACACCAAGAAACUGGGACAAUGUUUACCUGAAAAACUGCAGAUUCUUUCCGUAAUGCUUACCAUUAAGCCUGUUGGGUUAAAAGCGCUGCCUGGAAUGAAGACAAUGAUUAUACUUUACAGUGUUCACGAAGACCUUUUCCUUUGUGAAAAGGCGAUUACGGCAUUAAUUAAGCGCCAACAUGAGAAAUGACGAAGUGUACCUACCGUGUUUGCUGCCACCAUGUGUCGAGAGGCCACCAGAUUGGUCACAAACCACCAGAUUCAAAUAAUAUCCGUCCCGAUAGCGCCCUUUUCGAGGCCUAAUUAAAGCACCAAACCUCUGUCAGCGAAGGUGUUGUUCUUGUGAUCACUCAACCAAAUCAACUGCUAUUUUGAUUUAU